UACCUCUUUGGCGGUGUUUGUGCCCGAAAUGUUUGAGUCAUGAACGAGUCUUUUAAAACAUACAUGUUUUUUACUGAAUCGAGACUCACAGGUACUCUUCUGCUUUAACUCGUUCACUUACUCACCCCUGCUACCAGUAUACUCUAACUGUAUUUGGAUAAAUGUUUUAGCCCCGCGGAAAAGAUCUAGUCCUUGCCUCAAAUCAACUCUCCUUUCCCCUUCCUACCCAAGCGCCAUCACAGACACCACAAAACCAUCAAGUUUCCCUGACUCACAGGUGCUGGAUGAAGGCUUGUGUUUCACUGACCUACGGGUUGACGAAGACUCAAGUUUCACUGACUCACAGGUACGUACACGACGAAGACUUGAGUUUCACUGACUCAUGGGUUAACAAAAAAAGUCGAGUUUCAAUGACUCAUAGGUACUUGAUGAAGACUCAACUUUCACUGACUCACAGGUUGACGACGAAGUCUUGAGUUUCACUGACAUGUGAGUACACGGCGUAGACUCGAGUUUCACUGACUGUUGGUGCAUCUUGUUGUGUAUGUGCAAGUGCGCAUUUGAGUGCAAAUCGCAUACGGUCUGUGAUGAAUGACUUGUGUACCCGAUUCACUUCAGUGAGUGACUCAUAAAAACCCGAGUCAGUAAAAGGUAUCGAGUUUCCCAUCGCUCGUCCGUACAAGUGUAGUGGCCAGUGAGUGCAUGCUCCUUGCAAAGUUUGACAGAUUGAGCGUCUGGUUAACAUGUCCCUUCACUCCCCCUUUGGCAGAGCCUUUCCAGGCAUGACCAAUAGAAAACAGAUCCAAGGCACAACUGAGGGGGAUUACAGAUCCCAUCUGGCACGUAAAAAGCGUUGGGAUACCUGCUGCACAACAAGAGGAUUUGUCUUUGCUUGCUGCUGAGACAAAUUGGCAGCGGGAAAGCAUCAGUGGGAUUAGAUUUUUGGCAGCAUGAUCACAUUGAAGAUGCCGCGUCGGCCGCGUGUGUGGUGGGGACGUCCAUCGGAUGAGUCAUAAUAAAGUGCAUGACGAUGCCUCGCUGCCUCCAGAGGGGUCUGCACUCAGUCUGGGCUUGUGAAUGGUGCGAGGGAGGAGGGAGGAGGCAGAAGGAGGAGGAUGAUGAGGAAGGAGGAGGUCCAUAGCCAAGCAGCUCCACAGCUGGAGGAGCGCACCGAGCCAGAAGCGCUACAGUGCUGCUGCCGAUGGAGCGGCAGAGGAGGAGGGGGAAGAAGAAGCUCACCUCAGACCUCUGAGCACCUUCAACAGGAGAGGGACACACCUCACCGGCCAGAAGAACCUUUUACUUUAGACCACCAGGAUGGAUGCUUCACUGAUGCUUCUUGUCCUCAUGCUGCAUGGAUGGCAUCUCCCUCAAGUGCUGUCCUUGCAGAUGUGUGACAUAAUGAGCGAGAUUGAGCUGGAGCGGGAGCGCUGUGAGAACAGCACGUCGGGGAAUGUCACUUCAGGUUGCCAAGGCAUGUGGGACAUUGUGGCCUGCUGGCCCUCUGCCCACGUGGGGGAAGUGGUGACGAUAUCGUGUCCCACCUACUUCAGCUACUUCAGCGACCAGCACAAGGCAGGUAACCUCUCCAAGAUGUGCACGGCAGACGGCUGGGCCGAGAUGCACCCGGUGGACAUCGCCUUAAACUGCGGCUACAACGUCAACAGCACCAGCGACGACGGCAAGUUUUUUUGGCAAGUGAAGAUUGGCUACACCAUCGGCCACAGCGUCUCCCUCAUCUCCCUCACCACCGCCAUCACCAUCCUCUGCAUCUUCAGGAAGCUACACUGCACGAGGAACUACAUCCACAUGCAUCUGUUUGUCUCCUUCAUCCUGAAGGCCAUCGCCGUCUUCAUCAAGGACGUCGUCCUCUACGAGGUCGGCGAGGUGGACAACUGCUCGUCGGGUUCGGUGGGCUGUAAGGCAGUGAUGGUGUUCUUCCAGUACGGCAUCAUGGCCAGCUUCUUCUGGCUGCUGGUGGAAGGCCUCUACCUUCACGCCCUGCUGGCCGUCUCCUUCUUCUCAGAGAAGAAGUACUUCUGGGCGUACAUUCUCAUCGGCUGGGGGGGUCCGGCCAUUUUCAUCACAGCUUGGAGCGUUGCCAAAGCCUACUAUAAUGAUAUUGGCUGCUGGGACAUCAUUGAGACCACCGACGUCUUCUGGUGGAUCAUCAAAACUCCUAUCCUGGCAUCCAUCCUGAUGAACUUCAUCCUCUUCAUCUGCAUCAUCCGAAUACUCCGCCAGAAGAUCAACUGCCCGGACAUCGGGAGAAAUGAGUCCAACCAGUACUCGAGGCUGGCCAAGUCCACGCUGCUCCUGAUUCCUCUCUUUGGGAUCAACUUCAUCGUGUUUGCGUUCAUCCCCGAGCAAGUCAAGACGGAGCUGAGGCUCAUCUUCGAUUUGAUUCUGGGCUCCUUUCAGGGCUUCGUGGUGGCCGUGCUCUACUGCUUCCUCAACGGAGAGGUGCAGGGCGAGAUGAAGAGGAAGUGGCGGCGGUGGCACCUGCAGCGCUACAUGGGCGCCGACAGCAAAUACCAGCAGCCGUCCAUCGGCAGCAGCAACAACUUCAGCACGCAGAUCAGCAUGCUGACGCGCUGCAGCCCCAAAACCAGACGCGCCUCCUCCUCCGGACACGACGACCUGUCCUGCAUUUAAACCCCCUGUCGUCUCACGUGCCGCACGACUAAAACCAUGUGGAGAAGAGCGGAGAUGUUUUUUGCACUUCCAACAUGUCAACUUUCUCAUGAUCAUCUUUUAUUUCAGCUUUUAUUCUGGAACUUUCUGCUCCCAACUUCAAUCACUUUGUGUUCAAGCUGCAGCAAGCAGUCCUUCCCUCAGUCGAUUCCUUCCAAGCCAGGGUGUCCAAAGUGCAGCCUGGGGGCCUUUUACGCCACGCAGCUUGCUGUUUUUGUGGCCCGCGGCAUAUUUUAACAAUGAAUGACAAAUGAUGCCCACUUCCAAACACGAUGAAGGACUCAGGAACUAAACUCAACUAAAGUAGUGAGGAGCUAGCUUAAGUGGGUCCGGCUUUGGAUUUUUGCGUGUUUAGCAAGCAUUAAACAAUAAAUUAAAGUGUCUGUCGCAAUUUUGAACUUUUUCUGUGUGUGGAAAAAGUUUGGACGUUCUCACUCUAAACGUUACUGGGGGCGCAACUUUCAGAUUUGACAUUUAUUGCACCGAGCCUGGUGGUUCUGCUAACAAGUUGGAGAGAAAGAACAGCCUGCAUUUCAGUUAUUGGGGACAAAGUGUGUACUUUUUUCUAAAGUGCUUUUCCACUUUUGCUGUUGUGGUCAGUUUUACAAAUACUGUAUUUCAACCGUAUUUUGUCCUUUUUUUCAUAGCACAGUGACUUUAUUCCCAUAAUAUGUUGUCUUUAUUCUUGUAAAAUCACCACUAUUUCCCAAACUCAUUUUCCAAAAAUGGCAGCUUUAUUCCUUGUUUUGUUACUACAAGUAAUAUUACGAUAAUUAUUGUGGAAAUUAUUCUGACAUUUUUUCCCCUCAUAAUAUACUGUAUAUUACAAAGUUCGGCUUGUAAAAUGUUUAGUUGUAAGUUUUUAUGUUAAUAUUAUGGCUUCAUUGUAAUAUUUCUAAUUUCGCCUUGUAAAAUUACUGCUCUUUUUUUUCAAGUUUUCUUGUGUUUUUUGUUAGUUUUCCUGUUUAAUUGUGACUUUUUAAAAAGUCACGGUCUGCUAAUGGCCCACGAGCCGCACUUUGGACACCCCUGUUGUAGGCAUUUGUUUUCUAAGCGUUCCCUGACUUGAAGUUCACAACCUCGCCCGCCGACAAUCAGCCUCCUCCACAUCUUACAACGUGACAAAUUGACACUAACUACCUCAGGAAAGCGUACUAAUUGGACAUCCUACAAAAACGUCACCCCGUUGCCAGGCAGAAAAAAAUGGCGCCUACGCCAGCCGGGUUUUCUCAUGACCAACUUGAGGGAGAUCCCAUUUGAUUUACAUUUCCUUUUGCAAGAAAGGACCUACGCACGGCUGCCACGCUGUUUCCGUGGCAACACAGCAGCUAAAGGACAAGGAGAGUCGGCAGGAACAAAAUCAUAUCCUGAAGAAAUGUAGUCCAAAAACAUUGUGGCUCAUUUGUGUUGUAUUUGAAAGUGCCAAAACUCUUCAAGUGCGCUGUAAAUAUGUCAUGUGACGAGGAUUGAAUGUAAAUAUUGACGGUAAGAUGGAAUAAUGUCUUGUAGCGGUUGGUUGUUAGUUUUAAACUGGAUGUUGUGUAUUGUUGACUGCCUAUCAAGUAUUUGACAUUUUUGUGCAAUGUGUGUAACACUGCUGUACUCGGUGUGUAUUCCUCAGUGGCACAACUCAAAUGUGGGGUUUUUUCAUAUUAAAAUGUCAGGAAAAUCAGCCUUGUGUUUUUUGCUUCACACAGACUGCAGUGUUUCCCAUACAUUCAUUUAUUGGUGGCGACUCACCGCCAAUGCAUUUGUACCGCCACAGGUAGAUUGUAGUCCUGUGGGAAACACUGACCUGUAUCAAAAAUAAUUUGUUGGGGAUUAAAAGACAAUCUCGCUGUGAUUUUCUUUUUUCCUCAGGUCAUUUUUUUUUUUCAAUGAAAUUGCCCUCAAAAUAUUUCAUUCAUGAAAGUCGCCAAAAUAUUUAUUUUGGGUUCAUAAUUAAAAUAUUUAUUUCAUGUAUUUAUUUGAUUUAGA